AUGCUGCUUGGAGGCCUGUGUGCAUUGGCAAAAGAUGAAAAGGCCGACAAAGGUUCGGAAUGUGAGCCUGACCUUCUUACUGUUGCUCCCACUGGAAGCGGAAAGACAUUGGCAUUUAUGAUCCCACUUAUCAGCAAGAUAAUGAAACAUCGUCGCCAGAAAUCGGGUGAGCAGUCAAAAGGAAUUCUAGGCGUUAUUGUUGCGCCGACAAAAGAGCUUGCGAGCCAGAUUACGAAUGAGGGCAGAAAGCUCGCUCUGGGUACUGGGGUUAAGAUUACAUCUAUGCGUAAGGGUAUGCGCGUUGUAGAAGAACGUGGUGGAGAUUAUACCAAACAAAAAGAUGAUGGUAGUGAGGAUGGAAGCAAUUCCGACAGCGACGAGGAACGGCCAAAAGAACGAGCAAAGUCUCUUGCAACCGUAACGAAGAGUGAUAUCCUAGUUACAACUCCAUUGUUAUUAGUCAACGCACUUUCUGACAAUGGCCAUAAAGAGCUUGCCUCAAUGCCUUUAGUCGAGUCGCUUAUUCUUGAUGAAGCAGACGUUCUUCUCGACCCCCUAUUCCGGGAUCAAACGCUUAAAAUAUGGCAAUCAUGCAUUAACCCUAGAUUACGUGUCGGAUUGUGGUCUGCCACAAUGGGAUCUAAUAUCGAAGAACUGGCCAAGGCAACAAUUAGGGAACGUCAGAAGGCUCUAGGCCUAAAAGAAGAGUCCUCCCUCGUCAGACUAGUUGUUGGUCUAAAGGACUCUGCUAUACCAAACAUCUCCCAUAAACUCACGUACGCUGCAACGGAGCAAGGCAAGCUUCUAGGUUUAAGACAACUUCUACAUCCAACCACUGCUACAGCAUCUUCUGGCGAACAUCUUCGUCCUCCUUUUAUUGUUUUCACUCAAACUAUUCCACGGGCGGUGGCUCUGCAUUCUGAACUGAUGUAUGAUAUUCCACCGGAAGCAGGUGGCUCUUCUCGGAUCGCGGUUCUACAUUCGGAACUUUCCGACUCUCAACGGUCCGAUGUUAUGGCUGGGUUCAGGAAAGGAGAAAUCUGGAUCAUCAUUACCACUGACCUUCUUUCUCGAGGUGUGGAUUUCCGUGGAAUCAACGGGGUUGUCAAUUACGAUAUCCCCAACUCAGCUGCUGCUUAUGUGCAUAGAGUUGGGAGGACUGGUAGAGCUGGUCGAGAGGGCGGUGUUGCGGUUACUUUUUACACUAAGGAGGAUAUACCGUAUGUCAAGAACAUUGCCAAUGUGAUUGCUGCUAGUGAGAAACUCCGUUGUGGUGAAGGCCACGAGCCAGGUAUACAGAAAUGGCUUCUGGAUGCACUUCCCGACUUGACAAAGAAUGACAAAAAGGAACUAAAACGCCAUGGAGUCCAGGCCCGGAGACGAACAGCCGCAAUGGUCAAUGAUAAGAACCGCCGCGCAACCCGUAUCAGCACUAAGAGCGGUUUUGAAAGGAGGAUGGAGAAUAAGAAGAAAGGGGCCAUCAAGGGCAGUCAAGCCAGAAAGCUUGCUCAGGAGGCCGAUGCUGAUGCCAUGGAAGAGGAAGAAGCAUGGAGCGGCAUUGAGGGCUGA